AAAGCAGAACCAAGUAUACAGUUGGGUAGUUAGGUUUAAUUGUGAUUCCUAGAUUAACAGAUGGCUACGAUACCUGUGUUCAACCCGGCAACCCCAUUUCUGGGAGAGAUACCUGGAGGCUUAACCAUUGGGAAAUGUAUCUGCAUUCGCGGUCAGGUUAUCGGUGACGGAAUGUUCACUCGCCUUCUCCAAUCGGGUGCGGCCGUGAAUCCUCGCGAUGACACACCGCUUCAUAUCAGUAUCCGGCCGGGUGAUAAAAUAAUCGUUCGCAAUAGCUUCGUAGGCGGAGCCUGGCAGAAGGAGGAACGCGAUGGCAAGUGUUCCGUCGGCACUUCGGGGGAAAGCUUCGAGUUGCAAAUCAAAGUGAAGGAAUCGUACUACACGCUCAAGGUCGAUGGGAAAAAGUUUUGCAAAUUCAAACAUCGACUCCCGAUCGAUCAGACUCGAUUCAUUCACGUCUGUGAGGGCGGUGUGAUAGAAUCCAUUACCGAGGAAGGUGGCUGAUGAUGUUUGAAAUAGUUUAUUACAGCUAUCAUUAAUUUACCGGUUCUUUUUUUUUGUCAAUUAAGUUAGAUCGCUAGUAUGAGUAUAAAGUAAUUACAAAUAUGAAAAUAAAACAUGCUCAACACAUAUAGAAAUGA